GUAUAAUUAGAAAUACUCCUUCUGAUCUCUGUGUUUCCAUGGAGUUUUUAAUUGUACUACCGUAUCUUUUAUCUCUUCUUUACCUUGUGUUUCAUCUCUGUGAGCUGGUAUCUCGAAGAAGAGACCGCUGUUGCUAUAUGUUAGCCUAUGAGUGUUACAAAGCAACCGAUGAUGCCAGGCUCGACACUGGGUCGAGCGCAAAAAUUGUUUUCAGAAACAAGAAUUUAGGCUUGGAAGAAUUCAGAUUUCUCCUACAAACCAUUGUGAAUUCAGGCCUCGGAGAGCACACAUAUUGCCCCAAAAAUGUCAUUGCAGGAAGAGAAGAAUCGCCUUCUUUAAUCGAUGCUCUUUCGGAGAUCGAUGAUAUUAUGUUUAACACGCUUGAUCGCGUCUUUGAGGAGACUCAAAUUUCUCCCUCUAGUGUUGAUAUUCUCGUCGUCAAUGUGUCGCUGCUGCCUGGCCUUCCUUCUCUCUCAGCUCGCGUGAUGAAUCGAUACAAGAUGAGGGCUGAUGUCAAGGUUUUCAAUUUAGCCGGCAUGGGUUGCAGUGCAAGUCUUGUAGCGGUUGACCUUGUUCAACAGUUAUUCAAGUCGUACAAAUCCGCCAUUGCCGUUGUUGUUAGCUCUGAAUCUCUUGCUCCAAACUGGUAUUGCGGCAAAGAGAAAUCCAUGAUGCUCUCCAACUGUCUCUUCCGCUUAGGUGGCUGCUCCAUGGUGCUAACAAACAACAGAUUGUUAAAGCACAAAGCCAUCAUGAAGUUAAACCAUUCAGUGAGGACCCAUAUCGGCGCAAACGAUGAAGCAUACGGAUGCUGCUUUCAGAAAGAAGAUGAACUCGGCUACCGAGGCUUUCUUCUCACCAGAGCCCUACCAAAAGCCGCUGCUAUAGCUUUCUCCAUGAACCUCCAGGUUCUAGUACCCAAAAUUCUCCCCCUGAGAGAGCUAAUUCGAUAUGUAAUCAUCAGUCGACGCAGAAAAACCAAAGGCGCCGCUGCUAAUUUCUUUGACACAGCCAGCGCAGGCUUGAAUCUCAAAACGGGAGUCGAUCACUUCUGUUUACACCCUGGAGGAAGAGCUGUUAUUGACGGGAUUGGGAAGAGUUUAGGGUUGAACGAAUAUGAUUUAGAGCCAUCUCGAAUGGCGCUUCACCGAUUCGGAAACACCUCCGCCGGUGGCCUUUGGUAUGUUCUGGGCUACAUGGAGGCUAAAAAGAGGCUGAAGAAAGGCGAUAAAAUCCUGAUGGUGAGCGUCGGAGCUGGCUUCAAGUGCAACAACUGCGUCUGGGAAGUGAUGAAGAACUUGGAAGAUCCCAACGUGUGGGAAGAUUGCAUAGACCGCUAUCCUCCGAAAUCAACUGUUAACCCUUUCAUGGAGAAAUACAGUUGGCUCAACGACGACUGCUUGAACUUCGUUAAGUUUCAUAAUUAGACGCCAUAGCCAGAAUUGCUGGUUUAGUUUAUUUCCUUUUCAGGUUUGCCAUUUUCCAAGGUGAUGAUGGUCAAUUAAAACCCUAUCUCUGAAGCUGUAUUUAGAUCAACAAUAAAGAUAAAAUUUGGUCUCUGUUAAUGGAGACAUUAUUUAUGUAUUCAACAGAAAAUUAUUAUUUUAUCAUAAUGAACUGUAUGCCAAUUACCAAUUAA